GUGGAUGGAGCGUGGAUCACUGUUUUAUCAGAAACCCACAGGUCUCACACAGGAAUAAGCUGGUUUUGUCUCCAAACUUGUGCUAUAUUUGAAACUGGCAGGAAUCCACUCUUGCCACAGAAAGAAAUGCGAAGAUGAUUGACACCUGCUGGUGACAAAUUUCCAGCCAGCAGGCCGCCACUGAUCUCUUCUGGAGUUCUCAUUGAGCCAGCAAGCACAACACCAGCCAUCCAGGGACCGCCAAGAUGAGUGACACCACUUCUCUGGGUCCUCCAGCGCCAAGCCAGGGUCCUAUUACCCCACGCAAAGGUCCCCCCAAGUUCAAGCAGAGACAGACCCGACAGUUCAAGAGCAAGCCUCCCAAGAAAGGUGUGAAAGGGUUUGGAGAUGACAUCCCAGGCAUGGAGGGGCUAGGAACAGAUAUUACGGUGAUCUGUCCCUGGGAAGCAUUCAGCCAUCUGGAACUGCAUGAGCUUGCUCAGUUCGGGAUUAUAUGAGGGGUCCAGAGCUCGGCUGCUCUCAAGAGCGUCUGCUGGAGAUGUCAUGAUUUUACCCAGUUGAUCUUUUUGAGUCUUGAAAUCCAUUGUUUGGAAGGAAUUUCUCCGACAUAUACGGUCAUUCUCCAUGAGUUACUG